CACACACACACACGGAGACACGGAUCACGCGCGCACAGAGGGGGCCAUGGGGCCUAUUAUGAUGGCAAGACAACAGGGUGAUAUUGUCUGAAUAUUUUCAGCAUCGACCCCCAUUGUCUGCAAGCCAGCGAUUUGAUAUUGUCCCCUUUUUUAACAGUGCACGCGUGCACCGUUGCAUGCGUUCUUCUUAAUUAUGGUAAUUUAAUGUUAGGUGAUUAAAAACAAUAAUACAAAAAUCCGCUGUGAUUUUGAACACUUCUGGGCGCUUUUGUGUAACAAGCAGCUCGGCCUCGUUCUUUAAGCGCCGUCUCGUGCAGCCGACACCAUUAGACGGGCUCUGUGGGCCCCCUGCAGGCGUCUGGGGCAGACGACGCAAGGCUGCUCUGAAAUUAAUUUAGGAAAGCCGACUGACAAAAAAAAAAAAAAAAAUAUGUCGGAGACGAGUGGGCGCCAUAUUGGACUCAAACACGAAGUGAAUUUAUGGUGAAUUUUCUCCUCGCUGGCCGCCUCCGACGUGAGCCCGAGGUUGUCAGACGAGUCAGCGGGGAUGAGUGGCUCUACACUUGGGGGCAUGUUGUCGGGCCCUCCGCGGGGCCUUGUAGAGCGGCGCGUGCAGGGGUGUUUCGGCCGUGCGGGCCUCUUUAUUUUUUGCUCUCACUGUAACGCGCUCGCAACGAGGGCAACAUGUCCUCGAGCGCAGCCCCUCUCGCUCUCGCAGGCUUUCCUCCCAUCUCUCUCUCCUUGCAGAAGGGGGAAGAAGCCAUUCGCACAGACCUCAGAUCAUCACCGGCUCCAAAAAAUUCCAAGUGUUCUGCAGCCCCGAAUGGCGUCACCCGAUUGGCCGGGAGCCUAUCAAUCAUGCCUUUAGCCGCACCCCUCCCCCCAUUCAACCACUCGCCUCUCUGUUCCAGUGUGUUUACUACACUGCCGAGCAUAAGGGAGACGCUCGUCUUCACAUGCACUGAACCCACUGAGAAAAACAGUUUUUAGUUGUAUUUGUAAGAACACCUCCAAGAGAUCAACAUGCCCAAAAGAAAGACAGCAGUAACGGCUGGAGGAGAAAGGGAGGAGCCCCAGAGGAGAUCAGCUCGGUUAUCAUUGCCGGCCCUGCCUAAGCCGGAACCAAAGGCCAAAAAGGCGGCAAAGAAAGAAAAGGCCGUGAACGACAAGAAGGAGGACAAGAAGACCAAGAAGGCGAAGGAGAACGCAGAGGCGGAGGCCAACGAGGAAAACCACUCUGAGAACGGAGACGCCAAGACCAACGAGGUGGAGGCAGCCCCCGAGGAGGCCAAGGAGGAGGCCAAGUCCGAGUAGCACCACUGCCCAAGCUUCCUCCUCUGCGACC